AUGUUGCGUGUAUUGUGGGAGUGCACUUGCCACGCAACAUGCCCGGGCGAUUUGCUGAUGGUGGUGGGGGCACAUGAGCGGAUUGGUUCAUGGGACCCCCAGAAAGCAGUCAUACUCACAACAGACGCCGUAUUAUUCCCUCUAUGGCGUACUGAGGAGAUCGAGUUUGACCAGCCGCUAACAAUUGAGUACAAGUUCAUUAUCAGAAGAGCAAACGGAAGUGUGGAAUGGGAGGAAUUUAGUUCGAACAGGACAGCCGAAUUGAGGGCCGACACUGUUUCUCACAUCCAGAAUGUUUGGGGCUCUCUGGCUACUGCAUCAAUAACCUGCUUUCCCCUCCAUCAAGAGUCAGAUAUAUCCACAGAGGCACGGGGUGUAUUUACAGUGUCCCCCCCUACCGCAGGCGAUUCUCCCGGAUCCGGCGAUUUCAAAUCUAUUUUGGAGAUCCAGUCCUCGCGGUGCGCGUCUCCUGGCUGGGUGUGUAUCUCACCGCGGGGGGAGCUUGACGAAUUACCAAAUCCCAGGCCCAGCACCCCCUAUUCGGAAUCGUCUUCUUGUGUUGCUUCGCACCUCUCCACCGCAAGGACAGAGGCAGCGGACGAGGCAGGUGGAGGGGUUGUAAGGGCUCAGUUGAAACGUUCAGCAUUCAUUUUAGCGAAUUCGGGGCCAAUCUGCGACUACUAUGUCAUGGAUCGAACAAUCGGCCGAGGCACAUGGGGAGAAGUUAAGUUGGUGAUAGACAAGCAAACGAAAGCGCGCCGAGCGGCUAAGAAGAUCCCUAAAUGCUACAUUGAGGAUGUUGAUAGGUUCCGGCAAGAAAUAGACAUCAUGAAAUCUUUGGAUCAUCCAAACAUUGUUCGCUUAUUUGAAACAUUUGAGGACUUGACAGACUUCUACCUGGUCAUGGAGUAUUGCAGCGGGGGCGAGCUGUUUGAUCGCUUGAUCGAUUCAGGGGUGCUUACCGAGAGCAUGGCCUGCACCAUCAUGAAGCAGAUUCUUGCCGCAGUUGCGUAUUGCCACAUGCAUCGAGUUGCGCACAGGGAUCUCAAACCGGAAAACUUUCUCUUCCUCACAGACCAACCAAACUCGCCCAUGAAACUCAUUGACUUUGGACUUGCUGCGAGAUUCAAACCGGGGCAACCCAUGAGAACAAGAGCUGGCACUCCGUAUUACGUCUCUCCUCAGGUUCUGGAAGGACGCUAUGGUCCAGAAUGCGACAUUUGGUCUGCUGGAGUGAUGAUGUAUAUUUUGCUAUGCGGCUAUCCUCCGUUCAACGCUCCAUCGGACAGGGGGAUUAUGAACAAAGUGCGAACAGGACACUACACCUUCCCUGACGCAGAAUGGGGCAAAGUGUCGCUGCAGGCAAAAGAUCUCAUUUCAAGGCUACUAGAUCGACAUCCGAGGACGAGAAUCAGCGCAGAGCAAGCCAUUAGACACCAAUGGUUCAACAUGCACAUGCCAGAUAGUCUCGACACGGAGCCGCUCGGGAUCGAUAUUCUGAGUAAAUUUCGUCGUUUUCAAAGUCUGAGUCGCCUGAAGAAGUUGGCGCUAACUGUAAUUGCUCAGCACUUGGACGAUUCGGAGAUAGAGAGCCUCAAGGCUGUGUUUACUCAGUUAGACACCCAGGGCGACGGUGUACUCUCCAUAGACGAAGUGCGGGAGGGGAUUGCAAGAAGCGGGGUGCGGCUGCCGUCGGAUAUGGUACUUGAGGAGGUUCUUAAGGAGGUGGACACUGCAGGAACGGGGUCUAUAGACUACACCGAGUUUAUUGCUGCCUGUCUGCAUCAGUCCCACUAUAUACGAGAAGAGGCUUGCAGGGCGGCGUUUCGCGUGCUCGAUAUCAAUGGUGACGGACACGUCAGUGCGGAGGAGCUUAGGCAAGUGUUUCGCAUGGCGGGGGAUUUGGAGACCGAUGCUACGGCCGAGUUGCAUGAAGCGGACGCUGAUGGAGAUGGGAUGAUUAACUUUGAGGAGUUUUGCGGUUUAAUGAGGAAAGUACCUUCUCUUGCACUUGUGACGGAGCACACGGUGUCUAUGAUGAGGAAAACAUGCAGCCGCACUAAUGUCUCAGAAAUGACGUGCAAGAACUAA